UCCUUGGCAAGGAGCCAGAAGACACGUUUUUAUACAGUGACGUAGGAGGCAAGCCUCUGGCUGGUGGGAUUGGAUCUCCUGAUUAACAGGAAGGACUGUAGCCAAGAAGAGUAUUUAAGCAAGGAAGAUGCUUUCUGGAAGACCAGAGGUUUUGGGAAGAGUUUGUACCAAGCAAUACCUACUGCUUAAAAGGACCGGCAAAAUCCUCUCCAAACCUGAAUACAAAGAUUGCCCCAGAAGGGCAAUGGCACCCCAGCUGCAGACACAGAGGAGCGUCACCCCAAAGAUCAUCCAAGGGGACCUGAAGAGUUUGGCACCAGAGGUGAGGGACUUCAUUGAAAGCAGUGCUCAGCUGUGCCAGCCUGAGGCCAUCCACAUCUGUGAUGGCUCGGAGAAUGAGAACAAACAAAUCUUGGAGCUCAUGGUAGAGCAAGGCAUGAUUAAGAAGCUCAGCAAAUAUAAGAACUGCUGGCUGGCUUGUACAGAUCCAAGGGAUGUGGCCAGAAUUGAAAGCAAAACUGUCAUUGUCACUCAGGAGCAACGAGACACCAUCCCGAUCCCACAGAGUGGAGUAAGCCAGCUGGGACGCUGGAUGUCAGAAGAGGACUUUGAGAAAGCUUUCAGUGUCCGAUUCCCAGGGUGCAUGAAAGGGCGCACCAUGUAUGUCAUUCCGUUCAGCAUGGGGCCAAUUGGUUCCCCUUUAUCCAAGUUUGGGAUUGAACUGACAGAUUCUCCUUAUGUGGUGGCCAGCAUGAGGAUUAUGACUCGAAUGGGAACGUCUGUUCUAGAAGCCCUUGGCAAUGGGGAAUUUGUGAAGUGCCUCCAUUCAGUUGGGUGUCCUUUGCCAUUAAAAAAGCCUCUGGUAAAUAACUGGCCAUGCAACCCAGAUUUGACUCUGAUUGCUCACAUCCCUGAUCACAGAGAGAUAAUUUCCUUUGGAAGUGGUUAUGGGGGAAACUCCCUUCUGGGAAAGAAGUGCUUUGCUCUCAGAAUUGCCAGUAGAAUUGCCAAGGAAGAGGGCUGGCUUGCUGAGCACAUGCUGAUCUUGGGUAUCACAAAUCCAGAAGGUGAAAAGAAAUAUUUUGCUGCCGCCUUCCCUAGUGCAUGCGGGAAAACCAACUUGGCCAUGAUGAAUCCAACUCUGCCAGGGUGGAAAAUUGAGUGUGUUGGGGAUGAUAUUGCUUGGAUGAAAUUCGAUGACCAAGGUAACUUAAGAGCUAUCAAUCCAGAGAAUGGCUUUUUUGGAGUUGCUCCUGGGACAUCAGUGAAAACAAACCCUAAUGCUAUGAAGGCCAUACAGAAGAAUACCAUCUUCACCAAUGUGGGAGAAACCAGUGAUGGAGGCGUAUAUUGGGAAGGCAUUGAUAAACAGCUUGCACCUGGAGUGACACUCAUGUCAUGGAAAAACAAGGAAUGGACUGCCAAGAACGGGGAACCUUGUGCUCACCCCAAUUCCCGGUUCUGCACUCCUGCAACCCAGUGCCCAAUUAUUGAUCCUGCCUGGGAGACUUCAGAAGGAGUGCCAGUUGAGGGUAUCAUAUUUGGAGGACGAAGACCUGAAGGUGUGCCUCUGGUCUACGAGGCCUUUAACUGGCAGCAUGGAGUAUUCAUAGGUGCAACAAUGAGAUCAGAAGCAACAGCUGCUGCUGAACAUAAAGGCAAGAUCGUCAUGCACGAUCCCUUUGCCAUGAGACCUUUCUUUGGCUACAACUUUGGCCAAUACCUCUUACACUGGCUCAGCAUGGCACAUCGGCCUGCUGCAAAACUGCCAAAGAUUUUCCAUGUCAACUGGUUCCGGAAAGACAAGCAAGGAAGAUUCCUGUGGCCUGGCUUUGGCGAGAACUGCCGUGUGCUGGAAUGGAUGUUCAACCGAAUCCGGGGAGAGGACUGUGCACAGUCUACGGCCAUCGGCUAUGUUCCCAGUAACACAGGCUUGAACUUGAAAGGCUUGGAAGGUGUCAAUAUGCAGGAACUGUGUGACCUUUCCAAAGAUUUCUGGGAAAAGGAGGUGGAAGAAAUCAAGAAGUAUUUUGAAGAGCAAGUAAAUGCUGACCUUCCCUAUGAGAUGGAAAGAGAGCUUCUUGCACUGGAGCAGAGAAUAAAGCAGAUAUAAUUAACCAAAACCAUAUUUGUACCUUGGGGAAAAAAUGAAAUAAACACUCUCUUUUCUAAUGACAAUCUCUGGAAGCAUAAAAAUGGAUCAGCAGGCAGAGAACUAUGGCCUGAACAAUUUAUCAGCCAAAUGACAAAAGUUGCUCUCUAGCUUAUGCAGUAUCAUGUGAUAAGCUAAUGAAGCCAUGGUCAUCAGGGUUAUCAUCUGAUGAGCUUGCUUCCACCAAUACUGCAGUCACAUGACAAGAAAGCUACCCUAUAAUAUCUGGAGUUCUCCUGGCAUAUAGCAAUAUUUGAUGUGUGAGUUGUUUCAUUCACUUUCCUUCCUUUCUCUGUGUGUGAUUGUAGGGAAGGGGGUGAAAUUCGACUCAGUUUGUAUUUAAAGACAAAUCUUACCAAAUUCACAAUUUCUGAAACAAUAUGAGAAACAAAAUGCAGCCACCUUCGAAAUACACACAUACCUGGAUUUUGUAAUGCAGUUGUCCAGCAAGUCAUGUGUACAAAAAUGCAUAUAUUAGGAGAAAGUAUACAUAAAAAUGAAUAUAUUAGCGGAAAAACCCCAUACAAAAUGCAUUAUAUUAAGGAACAUUGCUUGAACAACUGUGUCAGCCCCGUAGCUUCUUUGUUAGGUGGGACAGCCACAUUUCUAGGUGGGACACUGGGGGGGGGGUAGAUGCACAUAGUGCCAGCCAAUCCCCCCACACACACUGGUGGAGAGGAUGUGAAGGCCAGGGGAAGGGGAAAGCAGUGACCUUCCCCCUCAGUUCUUCUCCAUCCAGAGUGUGUUAACUUACAUGAAUGAAGGUUAAUCUGUUGAGUUGUCUCAUCCUUUUUUGAGAGAUCCCCAGGAAUACCAAAUACAAAAGCUUGACUUUGCCUAUAGCUAUGGUCCCCUUUCACCUGUGGUCAACCUUGUGUUCUAAUUCUUCAUGAACUGAACUGCUUUGGUAAAGACAGUGAGCUCCUGAGCUUGGAUUGAUGCUACAUUAGGUAUCUCAAUUUUAGAUUCCACUUGAAAAACAAAUUUGUCAUACUAUAAGCUUAGAGAAGGGCAAAGAGAAAAUAAAUACUAUAGGGUGUAUGCUAUAGUGUCUCCUCCAUGAGAGUCCUUCCUUCUAGUCUUGUUCCUUGUCUUUAGGUUUUCCUUCCUGUUGGACAAUCAAGGGAAAAAUAUUUUAGCUGGAUGCUAUAUAAAGAAUGCACUAAGAAAUUGGAAAGUAAUUGUAGAAUGCAAUUGGAAAUUUUUUUUACUGGUUGCUGGAUUGAUUUUUCUGCCCAGAAACCCUGAAAAUGCCACAUGCUGAGAUCACAUAUUGGAAAAAUCCGAAAUUAGGCCUGAGUGACACCCUGGGUAUCCAGCUAGCGAGCUAGCUAACUGAAAUGUACACAGCAAUCUAUUCCUCUAGGGCUGUUUUCAUUCUUUGCUAUCAAGUACUCAAGAAAAAGAAGGAAAAAUAGUCACUAGAUUUUGAGGAUAGUGAAUGCUUUAGGGUAAAGGGUAGCAUUUUUUUCCAGAUUACUUUAAGUUAUUGCUUUAUUUCACCCUUUAGCAAUAAGUACCUAAUACUGCU